AUGCACGUGAAAGAGAGAGAAGUAACAGAGAGUGAUGUUUCUAGAGAGAGAUCAGAGCUAGAAGCUCUGCUAGGGUUUCUCCAACGUCUUCCUCAGACCACCACACUCACCGCUCAUCUGAGGAAAUCACACACACACAAGGUUCAGACCGGCACACCCACAGAAGACACUCAGUUAUCACUCACGUUAAGAUUAUUCUUUGAUGUGCCUGCAGACAUUUUUAUGAGUUUCAAAGAUGAAGAAGGAAAAUUCAAAGCUGAAAUUAGCAACGAUGCACAAGGAAUGUUAAGUUUGUACGAAGCAUCAUACUUGACCUUGGAAGGAGAAAGUCUUUGGGAGGCAAAUGCAUUUUCAAGAACACAUCUGAUGAAUUUAAUGGAAGAAAGAUCAAUGGAUGCGAAAAUGGCAGAAAAAGUUAGGCAUGUAUUGGAGGGGCUUCCCUAUCAUAAAAGUUGUUGUAGACUAGUGGCAGUACACUAUAUUAACACAUAUGAUAAGACAGAACCGCAUAAUCUCUUACUGUUAGAACUUGCAAAGGUGGAAUUCAACAUGGAGCAGUCAUCAUAUCAAAACGAGUUAAAAGAAUUAUCAAGGUGGUGGUCGGACAUUGGCCUUUCAAGGAAAUUAAAGUUCGCUCGAGACAGAUUAGUAGAAAUAUUUAUUUGGACGGUAGCACUUUUUCCUGAACCUCAAUCUGCUAUAUAUCGCAAUGCAAUCAGCAAGCUAACAAUAUUAAUCCCAUACCUCGAUGAUAUAUAUGACAUCUACGGUACUUUGGGUGAACUGGAGCUCUUCACAUAUGCCAUUGAAAGAUGGAACGUGAAUUCCAUAAACACUCUUCCAGACUACAUGGUAUUGUGUUUCCUAGCCAUCUAUAACACUGUUAAUGGGUUGGCUUAUGACAUCUUUAAAGAACGAGGCACAAAUUGUCUUCCUUACCUCACAAAAUCUUUAUCUGAUUUGUGCAAAGCAUACCUCCAAGAAGCAAAGUGGUUUCACAACAAAAUCAUUCCACCAUUCGAUAAGUUCCUAGAAAAUGCAAGGAUCUCGAUCUCAGCAGGGUUUAUUCUUACUCAUAUUUACUUUUUGAUCAGCAAAGACAUCACAGAACAAGUGAUUCACUCUCUAACUAAUAAUGACCACGACUUGUUGCGCUCUGUAUACACCAAUUUUAGGCUAAGCAAUGAUUUGGGAACAUCAACGGACGAGAUAGAGAGGGGUGAAACCUCCAACUCAAUUGUAAGCUAUAUGCACGAAACUGGUCUUCCAGAAGAAGAUGCCCGUCAAUACUUCAAAACUUUGAUGGAGAAAGAAUGGAAAAACUUGAAUAAAUACCUAAUUAUGGAUUCUAUAUUCCCUAAGUCUUUUGUUCAAGUUGUCAUUAACGUUGUUCGGAGUGGUCAUUUCAUAUAUCAAAAUGGAGAUGGAUUUGGACGACAAAACAAUAUAACAAAGAGCACAAUUAAGUCAGUACUAAUGUACCCGUUCCAACUAAUGUGCCAUGACGAUAUUCAGAAAAUAAAGUUUUAAAUUUUAGUUU